UCUCACGACGUGGAGCCCGAUGCGGGAUAUGUUUACUUGCAGCACGUUUUGAUUUCCGGUUUCCUCUCUAACUAAAUAAACGAGCCACACAACUGUGUGCUCAACGUGCGAAAUUGUAUCUUUCAUUCAACGCAAUUUCCACACCGGUACGAGGUGACGUAAAGUUGUACUUUGGCUGGGAGUCAAUGGCAUAGAUAUAUUAUCGGAGCGCUUCAUCAGAUGAUUCACAAUCAGUAAGAAGAACAGUUUGAUUUAGCUACUCUCAGCUAGUAUUUAUUUAACAAUGGUAAGAAGGUGUUUUUUUCGUUGUGAAGGGACAUCUCCCUUGUAUGCGUUGCCAAAGCCAGAGCCUUCACGUAGCCAUUGGCUGGAGUUCAUUUUUAACCCUAUUCCCCCAACUGUACCGAACCUUUUUCUGUGUCGCCACCACUUCACGGAGGGCUGCUUCAAGAACCUGCGUUUGUUCAGCAGUGGAUUCGCAAAGCUGCUAACUCUGAGGAUAGAUGCUGUUCCAACUCUGUGUGGCCCAAUGGGUGAAGAUGUCUCUCAACAUCAGGACUGCAGUGCCUAUUAUCGCCCCUUCCAACACGUCGGAUGCCAGACCGACUCGCCUCCGAUUAUAUCGGCGGGAACCCAAACCAUCACGUCUGUGGGAAUACAAACUGCACGGUUCAAGUCGACAUCAGUCGGCACACAGUUUUCCAUGGGAUCGCUAAAGACGCGCGUAAGAACCAAAGCCAUGCAGACACAGGUGUCUCCUCUCAGUGUAGACUUUGGAACAACCUCUCAUUUGCCAGACUCACCGCUGACUUCUACAUCAAUAAAGGGCCAGGGCUGGAGACCUAGCAAGAGACCACGGCUUGAGUUGGAGGAAGAGGAGGAGAGUGACUCCUCAAUUGAAUCACAUAAGGAGCCGCUGGACUCUACAUACAACUCUGGAGACUCUGUUCUUACAGAGGAAUCUGACGUCUCGUUUGAGACGCAGCCCAAACAGAAUGAGGCUAAGUAUAUUGUCUUUGAAAGCUGCCUCAAACAGCUGUUUGAAAACUGUCCCGCGUGUCAGGGAGGCUGUGACCUUCAACAGCGAAGGAUCGGUACCUAUGUGGCUUUCACUCAGCGAUGUCUACACUGCAGCUACUUCAGACAGUGGGAGAGUCAGCCCAUGGUUUUAAACACCCCCAUUGCCGACCUGCAACUUUUGGCUGCUACCGACUUCACUGGGUCCUCCUUCACCCAUCUACAAAAGUGGAAGAUGGAUCAGCAGCAUCAUUUCCAGCAACAAUUGCGCCUUCGUGGGUCAGUUGCAGUGGGAGACGAAAUGAGGGCAGAUUCUCAAGAAGACUGCGAUGAAUUUGUAGACCACAGCACACAGACUCUGCAUGUGGACGCCCCAGGCUCCUCCCACAUGUCCAGUCACAACGGGGCGCUGCGGAUCCUGAGUGUCUACGGAAAAGGGGAGGGCCCACUGGCGGUGGACGGUCAUGAUACCCUCGUCACCGCGUCUGAAGUCGAGGCCCUGAGCUCGCCGUCUGCGGACCACAGCGCGGCCAAGAGCCUUGAGCGUGGUGAGCUGCUGGUCCGCCACGAGGAGCUGAGUGUGCAGCAGCAGACCCCAGACACCAUUCUAAUCAAGGUUGAAGAGGAUAUUGAUGGAGGCAUGCCCACUGUAGAAGACUGCGAUGACUUUGGAGACCGCAGCACACAGCGCGGCACAACCUCAGAGAAUCUGCAUGUGGACGCCCCUGGCUCCUCCCGCAUGUCCAGUCACAACGGGGAGCUGCGGAUCCUGAGCGUCGACGGAAAAGGGGAGGGCCCACUGGCGGUGGACGGCCAUGACACCCUCCUCACUGCGUCCGGCGAGGAGGCCUUGAGCUCGCCGUCCGCGGACCACAGCGCGGCCAAGAGCCUGGAGCGCGGUGAGCCGCUCGGCCACCCCGAGGACCUUAUUGGGGCUCAGGGUGGCCCCAAGCGCCGGCCUUGUGUGUUGUCUGGCGAGGGUUUUCCCCGACAAUACCAAGAUGACCAUCCAUAUGGUUACCCACACCAGCAAGAAGCCGUACGGGUGCGACCAAUGCAUGAAGCACUUCAGUACAAGCUACAACCUGAAGAAACACAUGAGGACUCACUCCGGGGAGAAGCCCUACAGCUGUGACCAAUGCAUGAAGCCCUUCGGUACAAGCUACAACCUGAAGAAACACAUGAGGACUCACUCCGGGGAGAAGCCCUACAGCUGUGACCAAUGCAUGAAGCGCUUCGGUACAAGCUACAACCUAAGGAUCCACAUGAAGACUCACUCCGGGGAGAAGCCCUACAGGUGUGACCAAUGCAUGAAGCCCUUCAUUCAGAAUUCAAGCCUGAAGAUGCACAUGAGGACUCACUCCGCAGAGAGGGCCUACAGGUGUGACCAAUGCAUGAGGCGCUUCAGUACAAGCUACAGCCUGCAGUUCCACAUGAGGACUCACUCCGGGGAGAAGCCCUACAGGUGUGACCAAUGCAUGAAGCGCUUCAGACAGAACUCUGUCCUAAAGGACCACAUGAGAACUCACUCCGGGGAGAAGCCCUUCGGGUGUGCCCAAUGCAUGAAGCGCUUCGGACGGAGCUCCACUCUAAAGAUCCACAUGAGGACUCACUCCGGGGAGAAGCCCUGCGUGUCUGCAGUGCAACGCCAGCUUCAGCGACCCUAGCAAUUUGCGUGUGCACAUGCUCAGGCACACAGGCAAAGGGGGGCUUGGACACGGGGCAACGUGACACUUUGAUUGACAGCUCUAUAUUUUAUUCGUUGAAGUGACUGUAGGUUUUUUUUCAUCAUGAUUAAAGAUGCUUUCCAACUUUU